AUGCAGGCCAACGGCGGAGCCCAAAACGAAUCGGCCUAUUCGACCAGCCCCUCUAACAAGAAUGUCGUGGCCGCCGUGGACAGAAUAAGAUUGGAGCUCUGCGAGGAUUCGCUACCGGGGCGAGUGGAAAAAUGGGGGCCGGGCAACGGAGAGGAGAAGGCGACACCGUCUUGGACGGGCGCAAUCACAUCCAAGAUUGGCGGCGUGGUCCAUUACAUGUCCUGUCCUGGACAUCUGAACUCUGAGCCAUGUGCUGGAUACUGGUGUCGCAGAGACCGUGAUACUACAACCACUGGCCUUCACUGUGUAUAUGGGGGUUGGGUGUCCUUCGACGGCGAUGCUGUCACCGAAGUGUGUCCACCCGGGACUAGUGAUACCACGGCACCUGGAGCAAGGAACUUGCCUCGUCUAAGACGAAUGUGGGCAGAGCACUGGCUGGCAAAGACAACACAGGUGGAUAAACUUGGUCCUGUUGGAAUAAUAGACCAAGAUGUCUUGGAUCGAAUUCUCAGCAUGAUCACGAAUAAGACCGCGGACUCGGAGGGAUCCAUCAACCGGGGCGAUGUGCAGACCGAGCCGAAAAAGAAGUCAGGAAAGGGUUCUGGAGGGUGGUCAGGCUUGGCUGAGAAUGGCACCGUCCUAAAGCGUGACUCGGGGAACCGAAGAGUGGGCAACCAUCUUGAUCGAUGCGAUGCAGAGCCCGGUGGCAUGUGGCGGCGGGGUGAUGCCGAGAUGUGGAUGACGGCUGCUGGAUGGUCCUGCCUCUUGACCAGAGACGGCAGAUGGAGACCGGCAUACCACUUGGAAGUACUUCUCUCCAAUCUCCCGGUAGGCGUUGACUAUGGGCCUACAAGGGCCGGAUACCGCGACUGGUUGGCCGAGAGGAUGGAGGCGACGUGGUGGUUGUGGCUGAAGACGCCCCUCGACGUUCCUCGAUGCUUUGCCGACGGAAUACGAAGUGGUGUGGUGGAGAUGUUCAGGAGGGAGCAGCGACGACGACAAGACGUGCAACAAGACUACGUCCCGGACGACGCCAGCACUGCCGCGAAGAGAUACGACUUGCUUCAGGACAGAAUAGGUGAAUUCAUGGGCUAUCAUACGGUCGGUGAGCCCAUGGCAGAGCCACGAGGUCUGAUAGCAUCUUGGGCCGUCGCCAUCACCAACGACAUUAUCGACUACGAGCGAGACGUUUUGUGCGGAGAAACGAACAACCUUGUGAGGAGUAUCACCAGCGAUCAGCAGGUUGUGGACGUAUCGGCGUUGAUCCUCAAAGCCCUGCUCUGGUCAAUCACACGACACGACUACGAUCUAGCUGACGCCAUAGUCGGCUCUACUGCCUGGUUUCUGGUAUGUUGGAGGUACAACGGACCCAAGUUUGCCCGGUACGAGGCAAUCAGCAUACGGGAUAGGCAGCCUGGGCUGCCACCAGAGCUGGAAGACGUUGCAGCAAUUGUGCUUCCAGCGGCCGAAACAGGCGGGUCUGAAACGUAUGGACAAAUAUACAAGAUCGUCGAGGAAAGAGUUCGGACGCUGUAUUCCGGCUGUACUUGCCUCGACCGCCCUGAAGGGCAUGACGCAUGGGAGCUUCUGGCACAGGCAUGCGAUGAGGCAGGGAAUGACGACGUGGAGGAGCGCUUACAUAUUGCUGUUGUUGCUUUAAACAACGGCGCCAAUAGUGGACGUGUUGGAUGCGAAUGCGGGCUGGACCUCCUACUCUACGAGGGCUUCGUUCGGUUCUUCGAUCCAGAAACCGGUAUUGUCUCCCGCCUUCAUUACCGAUCCGAUGCUAGUCUGGCGAAUGUGAUUACCGAGUGA